AUGAGAAAAAAUAUCAAACUAAUUGACUAAGACAACCCUAUUUUUAACAGUGCAGAAAAUAAAUUUAACAGCUCUUAAAUAAGAGAGAAAAGAUUUAAAAAAAUAAAUAAGUAUAUCUUUAUAUUUAUAAUUAGAUUUUUGAAGAAUAAUUUAGAAGUAGUUGAAUUAAUCAUAGAGUCUUUUACAACUUUAAGAGUGAAAUAAUCUAAAAAAGAAUAAAAUUUAAUAGGUUUUAGUCUUGGCCACUUAAUUAAAUUAAGGAACAUUGAUAAUAUUGUUAUUGAAUCAUUUGGACUAGAAAAAAUAUUCGUUAUCCCAUCAUCGAAACAAGUAGCAUUUCCUUAUUUUGGAACAUUCAAGAUAUUUUACUAUAUCAUAAGCAUUAUUUCAACCCAUGUAUAUUUUGAGGGUGCUGAAUUAGUAGAGUUCAUGUCAGCUUUCUCAGAAUUUUAAUAGUAAAAUUAAGACUUAUUAGAAUUGUAUAAAAAAUUAGGUUAGGUUUUUUUUUGUUAAAACCAAGAAGAUUAAGAAAAUAUGAAAAAUAUAAUCCUAAAUUUCAAAAGCUUAUUCCCAAACCAAUAUAUUCAAAUUCUACUAGAAAUUAUGAAAGUCAUAUCUGUAAUUAUUAGAUUGAACUAUCUUAUAAAUUAUUCUGAAAAAGAUCUUAAAGAAACUAAUACUCAAAACUCUAUUAAUGAUUUAGCCAUAAUUUUAUCAAAAAAAUUAACAGAUAAUUAGAAUUAAAGUUUGUAAUUCAGUUAAAUUUUUGAAGAAUCUACAGAGUGUUCAGGAUUAUUGAAUGAUGAUUAAGAUGAUAAUAUAGAAUUGAAUAAUAAUUAGAUUGAUGAUAGUAAUUUUAAUAUAAUUGAAGAGAAACAAAAAUUUUUGAAAUAAAUUUUUAAAGAAUAAUUGGGCAUUAAUGAACAAGAUAAUAAAAUAGAAUAACUGUUUGAAACUUAUUCAUAAACUACAUAGGUUAUCUAUUUAAAUUCAAAUAGAAUCUAAGGUUUUGCAUAAUUUCUCUAUGAAAAAUUAAUCAAGUCCAUUUUUAUUUAAAUUGGUAAGGCUUUCUCUGAAAAAAUGUCAUAGAACAAUUAAAUAUCAAAUGAAGAAUUUUAAGCAAAUUUUAUCAAGUUUCCAGAUCAUUAAUUAGGUGGUAAUCGUGCAAGACCACAUAUACCUAAUUGUUAUUUUGUUAAUUUUUAUAGAGAUUUGAUGUCUUGUUGGUAUGAAACCGAAAAAAACUAAAAAGAUGUUAAUGAUAAUGUAUAAUAUAUGGAAAACUUGGAAAAAAUGGCUUUAGAAUUAUCAAAACGAAAUGAUCUUGCUAGUAUUAAACAAUAUUUUAAAACAGCUGAAAACAAUUUUAUAGUUCAAAUAAAUCACAAAUAAGAGGAUGAUAAAUAAAAUAAUAAGACUUUUUAUUAGUUUUAUAAAUUCUGUGAAAUAAAUAAAUUUGAAAUAACUUAAGCUGAUAAAUAACUACUGUCUAACAGUAAACUAAAAAUUUUUCAAAAUCAAGAAUACUUUACACCUAAAAAAUUUUUGUUUAUAGAUGAACUAAUCUAAACUUUUAAAUAAAUAAAAAAAAUUGACAAUAAAGUCUAUAUUUAUAAGAUUGAAAAUAAUUUGAGAGAUUCAAUAAAACAAUUUAUUUCAGAUUUAGAAAAUCAAGAACUUGAUGAACACUCAACGAUUAGAAUUUAAAAUAGCCUUUAUUCUAAUUAAUAAUUUUUGUAAUAAAAUAAUAAUAUUGCUUCUAAGAAAAAUAGUGAAUCUAUCUAAUAAUCUAAUUUUAGUUAAGAAGUUGAUUAUUUAAAUGCUGAAACUUAGGAAAUAAAUUAAUCAGCUUGA